GGAAGGUGCCAAUCCUACAUUCUCCGUCCUUAGCGGCCGUAGGAGGGAGGUGGGCUCGAGGCGGGCGCGCCGCCGCCGCGUCAGUAGCCGCCGAGCGCGCCACUCGCCAGCGCGAGCCCAGCCCCACCCGCCCCACGUUGCACAAUGCUGCUGCCGACGCUGCUCCUGUGCAUGUUGCACUUCCUGGCAGCUGAAAUACCAUCCUUCAUUAAAGUGUGCAACCGGAAUGAUCCUCACCUGAACAAAUGCAUCAUCAACUCAGUGGAGGAGCUCCGGCCCAAGAUCAGUAAGGGUAUCCCAGAGCUGGACGUGCCGGGCAUCGAGCCCCUGUCCCUGGGGCAGAUCGCUCUGGCCCGCGGGCCCCAGGGCGCCAAGCUCACCGCCGUCGUCAACGACGUCAAGGUCAGGGGCCCCAGCAACUUCGUCAUUGAGGAACUCAGGUCCGACCUGACGAAGAACCGGUUCGACUUCAAGCUGCUGCUCCCGAAGCUGGAGUUCAGCGGCAAGUACAAGAUGGACAUCCAGGUGUUGCUGCUGCGGCUGCAGGGCCGCGGGAACAUCACUGGCCAGUUCAAGGACUACGCCUGCAACGUGACGAUGCGGGGUCACCGGGAGACGCGCGGGGACGAGGAGUACUUGACCUUCGACCCCUUCAAGGUCAAGUUGAGGGUCGGCCAGUCCAACAUCUACCUGACCAACCUGUUCGACGGCGACCCAGUGCUGGGGCCCGCCACCAACCGCGUGAUCAGUGAGAACUCUAAUGUGUUCCUGGAGGAGAUCCGGCCGGUGCUGGAGCGCAGCCUCGGGGAGAUCUUCACGGAGAUGGCCAACAAGAUCACGUCCAAGUUCACGUACAAGGAGCUGUUCCCGGAGGGCUGAUGCAGCAGUCCAGUAGCAGCCGGGACAGACGAUCCAAUGCGAUCCAACCACACGAUUCAACGAUAUUGUAACAGGAACUAGAUGGAGCGUCUAACAUUAACAUAUAUUUUUUCAACUUAAAGUACGGUUGCAUCUUAAUGAUGGGAGUCCUCAGUUAAGUAAACCUCUUCUAUAGCUUGAUUAAUAAGAUUAAUUAUUACAAGCUACAUUGGAAACAAGAUGAAGUGUCAGCGCAAAAGAAACGUCUCGACAAUUAACACCUAACUUCUGCCACUGAGCUCUUAUUUUGAAUUAGUUCUGUUAGAAGAUUUUUGUCUUCAUUUAUUGGUACAAUGGUAGUCCACUUCAUCAAUGGUAGUCAAGUCAUCAGGUUGAACUUGAAACGGUUUGACACUUAUUAACAAAUGCGGACUAUCUUGUUCGUAUAUUGUUGGAUCGCGUAGGAUCGUCUGGUGUGGACCCGGCUAAUGAGAAGCCGUGUGAUGUUAUCAAUGUAUAUACUUAGGUUAGCUGUUAAGAAAAACUGAAUACCAAAUUGAUAUGGGCCGUUAGAUGUGUAUUAAAAUGAUAAGUGUAUUUUGUAAGCUUAGAUAAGGAUUUUUUCUGUUUAUUGUGUUUAAUAAUUGGUUUUAGUUACAUUUUUCAUUAUUGUUGGCUUUCAAUUGAGUACAAAAGUAUUAGCAGGUUUGUUUUCUUAAUAAUACAAAAAUAUGGUUUUCCAUUUAGGUUUUUAUUAUAUUGUGAUAAGGUUGUACUUAUAUUCCUAUUCUAUCUUGAUCCUUACUAACAUUUCCAUGUAUAUUUUUACUAACACAAAUAACUAUAGAGGUGGAAUACUCGUAUAUUGAUGGUUAUCUAUUAAGUUCUAAGAUAAAACCCGUGCCUGAUGAAAAUGCUUUAAAAAUCCUGAGCCCCAACGAUCUAUGUAAAUAAAUUCACAAUUUACUUAUUAUGGAUUAAAUUUUCAAAAAUGUUAA